UCUCUGAGGCGCGCACACUUACGCUGCUUUGUCAAUGUGUCUGCUUGAAGUAGCUGGGAAGCUGCAGAGAUCGAGAUCACUAGUUUAAAAAGACAGACAACAACGGUACAAAGAAGACAAGCGGAGAGAAGGUGGAACAUUUACCGCACUGAGCUUCAUUUCUCGAAAGCUCCAUUUGAAGACCACUCUCUGAACCCUCCUUCUGCUAAGACUCUUUGAUUCUACUUGGUGGAUGUACAGUGUGCCUGUGGAAUCAGAAAGACAAGCACCGUUCUGAAGAAGUGUGAGAAGAACCAACAUGUGAUUAAAACCUAUUCUUAUACCAAUUCAAGUAACAGUUUCUUCAAACGCGUUUAACAUUGAAUCAUCGUCCGCCUGAAACCUAACCAUGGAAGAUACUGAUUUCUGCGUCCAGCAGCUGCAGCCCAAUGUCAUUUCGGUGAGGCUUUUCAAGAAGAAGGUUGGUGGCCUCGGGUUUCUGGUGAAGCAACGUGUCUGCAAUCCUCCCGUCAUUGUAUCCGAUCUGAUCAGGGGAGGGGCUGCAGAAGAAAGUGGUCUUGUUCAAGUAGGAGAUAUUGUCCUAGCAGUUAAUAACAAGCCUUUGGUGGAAAUGAGCUAUGAGAGGGCUUUGGAAAUGCUGAAGAACAUCUCUCCAGAGACUUACGUGGUUCUGAUUCUGAGAGGCCCAGAGGGAUUUAGCACUCAUCUAGAGACUACCUUCACUGGAGAUGGAAGAUCAAAGACUAGCAGAGUCACCAGACCUCUGUUUCCGGUGCCCAAGGUUAUCGAUUGUUCUACACCAGCAGGCAUGCAAAGUAACAAAGAACCAUUAAGAGCUCUAGACCAGGAACCAAACCCCCUCAUUCAGAUCAAUGGCGUUGAGUCCUCCUUGAUCAGCCAAGAUAUUCUGAAAGAGGCUGAUGGCUCAACAGAUCACAGUCUCAACUCCCGUACCAAUGGUGGGGCUGAAAAUAAUGACCUUCUCAAAGAAAUUGAGCCAGUAUUGAAUUUGCUGAAGAAGAGUAAAAGGGAGAUCAAUGGGGAAGGCGUACAUAAGACUGAGAAACGAGAUGUGGAGGUCCAAGUGGGCAGGGAGCUGGCUCAGGAAUCGCUACAGCUGGCCGUGGACAAUGACAGAGUGUUUGAUGACCUGUGGGGAAAGGACAACAUGCCAGUGGUCCUCAACAACCCUUAUUCUGAGAGUGUGCAGAUCUUGCCCCCAGGAAGAGUAUCCCCUACCAAGAAUUUGCCAAAUGGCAGCCCGUCCAAGUCUCCUCGAUUCAUGAAGAUAAAGAACUGGGAAACUGCCUGCGUGUUUAAUGAUACUUUGCAUUUAAAAUCAAGUAAGUUGCCAAUCUGCACAGAACAGGUUUGCAUAGGCUCUGUGAUGACCCCAAACCAGCAUGUGAGAACAAAUGAAGAAUUACUCCCACUUGCAACUGAUUUCAUUGACCAAUACUACACUUCCAUAAAAAGAUUUGGCUCCAAGGCUCACGUUGACAGACUGGAAGAGGUUACUAAAGAAAUUGAAGUUUCCGGGAGCUAUCAGUUAAGAGACACUGAGCUCAUUUAUGGGGCUAAGCACGCCUGGAGGAACGCAGCCCGGUGUAUUGGAAGGAUUCAGUGGUCCAAACUGCAGGUGUUUGAUGCCCGGGACUGUACUACAGCUCAUGGGAUGUUUAAUUACAUCUGCAAUCACAUCAAGUAUGCUACCAACAAAGGAAACCUCAGAUCUGCUAUCACUAUAUUCCCCCAGAGGACAGAUGGCAAGCAUGACUUCCGCGUUUGGAACAGUCAGCUGAUCCGCUAUGCUGGCUACAAGCAGCCGGAUGGCUCUAUUCUGGGAGAUCCUGCCUCUGUGGAACUAACUGAGAUCUGCAUUCAACAAGGAUGGAAGCCGCCUAAAGGACGUUUUGAUAUCCUCCCUCUCUUGCUUCAAGCCAAUGGCAAUGAUCCAGAGCUCUUUGAGCUGCCUGCAGAUCUGAUCUUGGAAGUGCAUAUGAAACACCCCAAGUACGACUGGUUCAAAGACCUCAGCCUGAAAUGGUACGGGCUCCCGGCGGUGUCCAGUAUGCUCCUGGAGAUUGGAGGUCUGGAGUUCACAGGCUGCCCCUUCAGUGGCUGGUACAUGGGAACAGAGAUUGGGGUCCGGGACUAUUGUGACAGCUCUCGCUAUAACAUUCUGGAGGAUGUAGCUAAAAAAAUGGGGUUGGAUACCAGAAAGACAUCGUCUCUGUGGAAAGACCAGGCAUUAGUGGAGGUUAACAUUGCUGUUCUGUACAGUUUCCAGAGCUCGAAGGUCACCAUAGUGGACCAUCACUCUGCCACGGAGUCCUUCAUGAAGCACAUGGAGAAUGAGUUUCGGGUUCGAGGAGGCUGCCCCGGGGACUGGGUGUGGAUCGUGCCUCCCAUGUCAGGAAGCAUCACGCCUGUCUUUCACCAGGAGAUGCUAAACUAUCGCCUGACUCCCUCCUUUGAGUAUCAGCCUGACCCUUGGAAUACUCAUGUCUGGAAAGGGGUUAAUGGGACACCAACCAAAAAGAGGACUAUUGGAUUCAAGAAGCUGGCAAAAGCUGUCAAGUUUUCUGCAAAGCUAAUGGGCCAGGCUCUGGCUAAGAGAGUCAAAGCGACCAUACUGUAUGCCUCUGAAACUGGGAAGUCUCAAGUCUGUGCAAAAACCCUGUGUGAAAUUUUCAAGCACGCUUUUGACGCAAAGGUAAUGUCUAUGGAUGAGUAUGACGUUGUGCACCUGGAGCAUGAAACCUUGGUGUUGGUGGUGAGCAGCACAUUUGGAAAUGGGGACCCACCUGAAAAUGGGGAGAAAUUUGCCAGUGCUUUAAUGGAAAUGAGGCAUCCACACUCCAGCUCUGAGGAGAGAAAGAGUUACAAAGUGCGCUUCAACAGCGUCUCGUCUUACUCGGAUGCUCGGAAAUCUUCCAGCGAUGAACCCGAGCCUCGAGAUAACUUCGAAAGCACUGGGCCUCUAGCAAACGUCAGGUUUUCUGCGUUUGGCCUGGGAUCCAGGGCCUACCCUCAUUUCUGUGCCUUUGCCCGGGCGGUGGACACUCUGCUGGAGGAGCUGGGCGGGGAGCGCAUCCUCAAGAUGGGGGAGGGGGAUGAGCUCUGCGGACAGGAGGAGUCUUUCCGAAUCUGGGCCAAGAAGGUGUUCAAGGCGGCCUGUGAUGUGUUCUGCGUGGGGGACGAUGUGAACAUCGAAAAGGCAAACAACUCCCUAAUCAGCAACGACCGCAGCUGGAAGAGAAGCAAAUACCGCCUGACCUACACAGCCGAGGCGCCUGAGCUCACACAAGCACUCCUCAGCAUCCACAAAAAGAAGGUUUCUGGCGCAAAACUCCUGUCUCGGCAAAAUCUGCAAAACCCCAAAUCCAGCAGCCGUGCCACAAUAUUCCUGCGUCUUCACACAAACAACAGCGAGGAUCUCCGGUACGAGCCUGGAGACCACCUGGGGGUCUUCUCAGGGAACCACGAGGACCUGGUCACGUCCCUCCUGGACAAGCUGGAGGACGCCCCUCCAGUCAACCAGAUUGUGAGGGUGGAGUUCUUAGAGGAGAGGAACACAGCUUUGGGUGUUAUUAGUAACUGGACAGACGAGAACCACAUACCACCUUGCACCAUAUUCCAAGCCUUCAAAUAUUUCCUGGACAUCACAACCCCGCCCAGCCCUCUCCUGCUCCAGCAGUUUGCUUCUCUGGCGACGAGCAACAAGCAGAGGAAGAAGCUAGAGGUUCUGAGUAAGGGGCUGCAGGAGUACGAGCAGUGGAAGUGGUGUAACAACCCCACCAUCGUGGAGGUGCUGGAGGAGUUCCCCUCUCUUCAGAUCCCCUCCACCCUGCUUCUCACACAGCUGCCUCUGCUGCAGCCCCGCUACUACUCCAUCAGCUCCUCCCCUGACAUGUACCCGGGAGAGAUUCAUCUCACUGUGGCUGUAGUCUCGUAUCGCACAAGAGAUGGUGAAGGACCUAUUCACCAUGGGGUCUGCUCCUCUUGGCUCAACAGGAUAGAGACAGAUGAGACUGUGCCAUGCUUCGUAAGAGGAGCGCCAUCAUUCCGGAUGCCCAAAGAUCCGAAGGUGCCGUGCAUUCUGGUGGGGCCGGGAACUGGAAUUGCUCCUUUCAGAAGUUUUUGGCAGCAGCGCCUCUACGAUAUUGAACACAAGGGCAUAAAACCAAGUCCUAUGAUUCUUGUGUUUGGCUGCCGGGAAUCCAAAAUCGACCACAUCUAUAAAGAAGAGACCAUUCAAGCCAAAAAUAAAGGUGUUUUCAAAGAACUUUACACAGCAUACUCCCGGGAGCCUGGGAAACCAAAGAAAUACGUUCAGGAUGUUCUGCGGGAGCAGCUGGCCGAGCUGCUUUACAGCACCUUCAAGGAGCAGGGUGGCCACGUGUACGUGUGUGGGGACGUGACCAUGGCUGGAGAUGUACUGAAGACCAUCCAGAACAUCGUGAAGCUGCAGGGGAACAUGCCCCUGGAAGAUGCCGGCUUUUACAUCAGUAAACUGAGGGAUGAAAACCGAUAUCAUGAAGAUAUCUUUGGUGUCACACUGCGCACCUAUGAGGUUACAAACAGACUCAGAUCAGAAUCUAUUGCGUUUAUUGAAGAAAGCAAAAAGGACUCUGAUGAGGUUUUCUGUUCCUAGUACCACACAGAGUCUUUACCUUGUACAGCCACCAGGGGGAGCUCCUGGCGCCCAAGCUUCGCACUGCAGCUCAUCAAGUAUACUGUGCCAAGUUUUAUACUGAAAACGUGCCAUCACUAUUUUCUACAGGAAAUGCUUUGUACCUGUCCGGCUGUGUAGUCGUCCUGUGUCUUUUCUUUUUUAAAUGCGUCUGCGAUGACUGUUGCUGAGACAACGGAUUUGGGUCUGCUCGAAUUCAAGCACCGAUUUAUUGCAUGAGAAGAAAUAUGUUAUAGAUUUACUAGUUUAAUGUUACAAUGUAUGCCUUUACUUUAAAAAAAAAGAAAUAAUAAUAAAAAGAUUACUGGCCCUAUUUACAAAGCUAACUUACCUGUACUUAAAGUUUUGUAGGCGUGAAACUUCUCUAGGCAAUGGUUUAAGCUUUGUGAACAGGGCCAUAUAUAUAUAUAUAUAUAUAUAUAUAUAUAUGGUUAUAACAGCUGGAAGUAAGGGCUGUUAUGAAGGGGUUAAAUCAUGCUGUUCCAUUGCUUAUACAGUAGUAUGUUUUUUUUUUGUUGCACGAAUCUAUUUAUUUGGGGGUGACAUUACAGCUAAAACACUUUGGUGGCUGAGGCUUUUAUACUUAAUACCCACAUGAUAUAAUUGUGCAUUCUCUGAAGCAAUGGUCUUGAUUAAAUCACCAUGCAGUGCUGCUACACUGCUUCCUACAGAGAUGUUAUUUAAUAGCACCGAAGUGCUUCUCUGGCUAUAGAAUCCGCUCUCUAAUUCCGAGUCAAUCCCAGUCUAUUACUACUCAAUGUGCAGUAAAUGGAUUGUUCACACAGGAGAGUCUUUCAAUCACAGGAUGUAAUACAGAGUAGUUAUAAGACACAGGCUAUGGCUGUUGCCCAUGCAGAGAUCCUACAAUCAAUGCACAAACUUGUGAUCUAUGGCUGUGCAAGCCAUUACUGCAACAGUUAAAGCUAUGGUGAAGUUUAGGAGGUGGGACAAUGCCCCCCUUUUACCCACCAACCAGGGACCCCAAGGCAUGGGACCCUAACCAUCCCUCGCUCACCAGACACCACAAUCAUUUCUUGCAAAGCGUUAUUGAUAUCAUCGAAGUGCAUUGAGCAUGGAAAUCAGCUUAGAGAUCAGACCACCACUUAUGUCCACUGGAAAACCUAAUUGAACUGGAUUUGUUUGGUUUUGCAAUCCUUCGUAACAGAUAACCUUAGAGAUGAGACCAACACUCUUGUUAAAAAGACUAAACUGAGACCUACAGUUAGUCAUGACAUUAUUCCUACAGUAUCGAACCAAUGGUUUUAGUGGAUCAGAUAGAACAAGUGAAAAAAGCAGAGGUGAUGAAAGCUUGCUGCAAUUAGUGAUGUGGAGCCUAAUGCAAGCAGAGAGCCAUCGUGUCCCACGGGCAUUGCCUGAUUAUCCGUGAAGGAAGUCUUUUAUUGGUAACUGUGAGUGUCAGCACAUUUACAAAUGCCAAGAGCGAAGGAUUAGUGUGUCACGUGGUACACAGGCUGGUUGGAAAGAUCAGUCAAUCCGUGGACAAUGUGAAGAAGGCAGCCUAGCAAAACCACUAGCAGCCAGGAAGUAUUUGAGUAUUUAAGAUGUAAUGUAUUUAUUUUAUUGUAUAAUGUCGGUCUUCAAAUGUAUGUCUGUAAGGUGAAAUAAACACAGUGAUUAUUAUUUAUUAAAUUGUUAAUAAAUUUCAUGAAAAGCAUGAACGAAAACAAAAGAUAUCGAUCCAAACUCACACAUAUUAUUUAAUAUCAGCUAAAAUAAAAUCUUCAGAAUAUUUUCUUUGUCAAGGUUACAAUGAAUCUCUUCAUGAACAGUGUUUACUGCAAUGUAUUCAAAUAAUUAUUUUUUACUUGCAUGUGUUUCAGUCUAAUACGGUCUUGUAAUGCAACUGAAAGCAUGCUACCUUUCUCACGACUUAUGAGUUGCAAUGAUGCGCGUUUAUGUAUAAAGCAGAUCUUCUGUAUUAUAACCUGGGCGCAUGUUUUAUGCUGAGGCUAUUCAAAACCCUCUCAGUAAAGAUCAGUCCCCUGGAUUCAAUAAUAAUCACAAGGUCUGACAGCAAGUUUAAUAGCUCCUGAAACUGUAAACUGAAACCAAAACGUACCCUAAACUAGUGUACCGGUAAUAGGAACUAAACCUGCUACUGCUGAACUAAACACUGUAAAACAAGAACCAUCUGCAGCAACACUGACAUACAGAACUGCACGAGUAUUUCUGGUCUAUGACUACAAUAAUAACAGCAAAGUAUUGGGUGUGAUUUGAUCAGUUGCUUUUACAACAGAAAAAUAAACAGUACAACUACCUUUUCAGGCUUGGGUUGAUCCCAUUUAUCUACAAAAAAACAACCAAAAAAAAAAAGCAAAGAUUUCUAGCCCACAAUAACUUCUUGUUUUACAAUACCAGUUGUCUGCAGCUUAUGGAUAAACGUCACUCUUGCACGUUACUGGCGAGGUCAGUCGAGUCCUGUACAGAAGUGUGGCUUGUGUUGUCAACUUGCAUGCCUGUAAAGUUAAACUGUUGUUUAUGCAUGAAAAAAAGGUGAUGAAUUACUGUCCAGCUUUGCCAAAUUGCUUGGAGUCGAACAGAAAGUCAUUGACAAGAGUGUAUUGCAGACUAAAAGUGCAGAAGUCAGUGCUUGGUCCCCACCUUUACUCUUGCCUGCGCUUGGUAACUCACCUCUGUAAGUGAGCUGGUCUGACCACAUGCAUGCAGCUGCAGCCAGCUCAUCCAGUAUUAGUCAAACUGUAUGUUGCUUGAUCACCCUGCUAGCAGGCUAUAAACGUGACAGAACCUGCCUUGGGAGAUCUUUGAUCUUUUCUACAGGGGCUGGGGGUGGGGCCGUGCUGUCCGUUUCCUACUGCUCGAAAACCUCCAAUGAACUGAACCGUCUUUUACAUUUUCAUGUGUCCCUGCCAUGGGGUUCCUACUCUUGCUUCGAGUGCACAUACGCCCUGCAUUUAUUUAGACUGGGUUUAUGAGGUGGUAUAGCAGGGCUACCAUAUGACUUCAUGUACACUAGGACAGUUUGGGACAGUUCAGGCUUUUCAACUCGCAUCCCAAUGCUUUCUGGUAAGUGUAGUGCUGCUGUGAAAGGUACCUGAGACAGGUAAAAGAUACCAGAGUGCAUUGCGAUGUGAGUUGAAAAGCCUGAACUGUCCCACACUGUCCUGGUGUACAUGGAGUCAUAUGAUAACUAGUAUGGGGUGCUCUGAUGGCUACAACAGUUAGACAUGUGAGGUGGCAGAUUGAAGGUGUUUCCACUGGUAUAGCUGGGGUUGCCACUUCUGAGGUACAAAACCCGGGACCUCUGAAUGGAAGGAGGGUUGUUAAAAGUUUAAAUGAACCAGGGAAACAGGGAUAGGUGGCAACCCCAGGCACAGCACGCAAACACCAUUUCAACAACUCAGUUGAAGCUUUGUGUGUGUUACAGCUUGAGGUUAAAAUGUCUAAUCCAUAAAACUGUGGACUCCUUAUUAUGGGAAUGUGUUUUUUUCCUUUUUCUUUUUUUCAUUAAAAAUAUUUGUUAAAAAUGCUAUUUAUUCUAAUUUAUUCUCCUGAUCAUUUUUACGAUUAUUUUUUUACAUGGAAUGAAAACUGUUUACACUCUACAAUGUAAAAUGUGCAAAAACAUAAUAUAUACAAAUUCAUAAAAAAUGGAAAUCUUUUUACAGAUGUUGUCUUGUCCUCGAACGCAUUUCUGAAUCCUUGAGACUGGAAAAUAUGAGUAUGAAUGCAUGGGGAUGUGUGAAAUAAUAAACUACUUCAAACAUUUACUCACACAGUAGCAAUCUAACAUUAUAACCAACUCUACAGCACCUGUGCUUUACUCUUGUCUAUACAUUGGGGGGGGGGAUGUGUGUUCCUUAUGCUGCAGCUGCUAUAAAGAGCCUAUUCCUUGUGUCUUUGCUGUGAAUUUUACCAACCUUGAACAUGUGCCAUUAUAUGUAUAUUUCAA